UACGUUUUUUAAUGACCGGCUUGUGAGGGUUUUUCUUUCUGGAUUCCUCUUCUCCAUAUUAACAAUGUCUUCUUCGAAAAAGAGCUCCGACGGCAAAUCUUCCGAGAUAGAGGAAGCGGUGGCGAGUCUAACCAUGCCUUUUAACAAGAUUUUGUUGACGAGUUCCGAUGGCGAGUCUUUCGAGAUCGACGAAGCGGUGGCGCGUAAGUUUCAGAUCAUAGCGCACAUGAUCGAAGAUGACUGCGCCGGCAAAGCAAUUCCGAUUGACAACGUCACCGGAGAUAUCCUCUCUAAGAUAAUCGAGUACGCGAAGAAGCACGUCGUUGAACCUGAUGAAGACGAAGACGAGGAGGCGAAGAAGAAGCUGGAUUCGUGGGACGCUAAGUUCGUGGAAAAGCUAGAUCUGGAGACGAUCUUCAAAAUCAUUCUCGCUGCCAACUACCUAAACUUCGAAGGACUUCUCGGUUUCGCUAGCCAGACGGUUGCUGAUUACAUCAAGGACAAAACUCCGGAGGAAGUUCGAGAGAUCUUCAACAUCGAGAACGAUUUCACACCUGAAGAAGAAGAAGCGAUUCGUAAGGAGAACGCUUGGACUUUUAAUGGUUGAUUUAACCUUUCUUAGAUUCGUUUCGAAAUUGCAGGAUUUAGGGUUUUUCUUUUUUAUUUUCCCCUUUUAGAUUUCGUGAAUGGUUUCAUCUUUUCGGUUUCGACUUGGUCUCAAGUAAUUUUAGUACUGAGAGAUUGAUUGACCAAUGUUGUUCUGAUUCGAUUCACGAUCCUGUUCAAAACCCUAAUCUUAAAAAUCAGUGCUUUUUCUUUUGUUCUU